CGGGGCAGUAUCAGCAAUGCCAGUCCUCCGCGAAGUACAAGCACACCUGGAAGCUGGUCAGAACGAAGCAGUGUGCCGAGGAGCCCAGACACGAGAAGCAAGUCAUCAUCCGGGAUUCAAAUGCUAAGCAGUGUCGGGAUUAUUGAAUUACUGGACCAGGAUGAGCGGCCUACGUUUAUUAUAGACAUUGCGAAUUCCGCCAACUUCACACCCGGAGGACCAUUGCAGAUUGUAUUUGCAAAUUCUGCUCUCUGCGCCUAUGAGUCGAUAUUGGAGAUGGUUACAGGAAAAGCGGACUUAGACAGCCCUGUUAUUGCCGUAACCAAUGACUUUCCGGAAUUCAAGGCAUGGGCAUUGAGCUUCGUAAAGAACGGAGAAUCAUUGGAUAUUUGCUUGCCAUCCUUUAUCUACGGAGGCGUUACUUGGACAUGCAGCACACUGAGAAAGAGAUUACGUCUCAUAAGCGGAAGCAGUAGCAGUAUUGUAAAUACAGCAACAUCUGCAAGCUCGAAUGGAGCCCUCAGUACGUCCUCAAUGCUGAGCGAGAGGCAUGCGAAAGCCGCUUCGAAUCGCCUACCUCGAUCUCCUUUGGCAGAGUCAAGCGAGCCUGCCGAUUAUUUCGGAGACGCGGCUCCUUCCUUAUUGUCGACAGCAAGCACAUCUCCUAUACAAACUAUGUUACAGGCGAGAUAUCCGGAUUCUCCUUCAUUUGAUUGGACGAGACUCCCAAUGUCUGCAGCGCUUCCUCGACAUAUCCAGUUUGCCAGGAGUAUAGAUUGGGCUGCUACUCCAUUGGGUCCUAUAGAGAAUUGGACAUUCGACUUGAGAGCGAUGUGUAAUCUGAUCAUGGGAUCGCCUCACCCUGCGGCAAUGUACUGGGGCGACGAAUAUAUUGCUAUCUACAAUGAAGCAUAUAUCCUGCUAGCCGGACAGAAGCAUCCGCAGCUUAUGGGGCAAAGCUACAAGACAGCAUGGGCUGAAAUUUGGACCGAGAUUGAAGGCGUUUUUUCUAAUGCUAAAGAAUCCGGACAAUCGACCAUGAAAGACGAUGACUGCUUGUUCAUCCGCCGGAAUGGAUUUCUGGAAGAAUCGUAUUUUUCUUGGUCCAUUAUUCCUUUGGUUGGCGAAGAUGGCUCAGUUGUUGGCCUUUACAACCCCGCAUUUGAGAAAACCAGACGCAAGAUUGCCGAGAGGCGCAUGCUUACAUUGCGAGAAGUUGGAGAGAAGACAGCCGCGGCACGAGACGUCAAAGGAUUCUGGGGUCAAGUAAUCAAAGGCCUUGAAUACAACGAGUACGACGUGCCCUUCGUCUUCCUCUAUUCCGUCAGCGAGGAAUCCGAUAGUGACAUGAGCUCAAUGCAUUCUGGAUCCUUGGCUCAAGCUCCACAGUGUGUUCUUGAAGGCACUUUAGGCGUUCCUGAUGGCCACAGAGCAGCGGUUGGUCCGCUAGACCUAAAGACCUCGGACGAAGCAUUUGCUCCAAUGCUGCGUGAGUCCAUGAAGAUGGAUAAACCGAUCCUUCUCAAGACUGAGGACGGCACACUGUCUACCGACCUCAUCGAUGGCCUCGAUUGGAGAGGCUUUGGAGAUCCUUGCCGUGCUGCCGUUGUUUGUCCAAUACAUCCAACUACAGGAGAGACGAUACUUGGGUUCCUCGUUAUGGGAGUCAAUCCAAGGCGGCCAUACGAUGAUGAUUACAGCCUGUUCAUCCAACUACUGAGUCGUCAACUUGCCACGUCGAUGGCAUCAGUGGUCCUGUUUGAGGAAGAAAUCAGGAGAGGUCAGCGUGCAGCUCGUCUCGCCGCUUUGGAUCGACAAGAAUUGUCGAAACAGCUUGACUUGCGGACACAGGAAGCUGUAGAAAGCGAGACCAAAUUUACCAGGAUGGCUGAAUUUGCUCCUGUCGGUAUGUUCAUUGCAAAUUCUUCAGGGCAAAUUACAUACAGCAAUGAUACAUGGUGGGAAAUUUCACGGCAUCCUCGCGGCGAAAACAGCGCCAAUACCUGGAUGGAUAGUAUCCAAGAUGAAGACCGGGCAGGCGUCGAAGAAAUUUGGAAGGAGAUCGUCAACAAGAAGACCGCUGUCACCCAUGAAUUUCGAUUUAAGACUCCUUGGCAGGACCGUAAUGGCAGUAGAGGAGAUACUUGGGUUCUGAUGAGCGCCUACCCCGAAAGAGACGAAGAUGGCAACCUCAAAAGCGUGUUCGGCAGUAUUACAAACAUCAGCCAACAAAAAUGGGCAGAGGACUUCCAGAAACGUCGAAUGGAGGAGGCUAUUGAGCUGAAGCGUCAGCAAGAGAACUUCAUCGACAUGACUUCACAUGAGAUGAGAAAUCCACUUUCAGCUAUCCUGCAAUGCAGUGAUGAGAUUUCAACAUCUUUGACCGAAUUCAAGUCCGUUGAUGAUGACUCGAGGACAAAUGAGAAGUUGUUGGAUGUAUUAGAAAGCAAUAUAGAUGCUGCCCAAACAAUUGCUCUUUGUGCCCAACACCAGAAAAGAAUUGUCGAUGAUAUCUUGACUCUUUCGAAACUCGAUUCUGCACUCCUGAUGGUGACACCUGUCGCUGUGCAACCGGUUGCUGUGGUUCAACGAGCUCUCAAGAUGUUCGAAGGCGAAUUGGACACUAAUGACAUCGCCAUGGAGUUCAAGAUGGAAAAGUCAUAUUUUGACCUCGAAAUCGAUUGGGUGAAACUGGACCCUUCACGUUUGCUGCAGGUCCUAAUCAACCUUACUACGAAUGCGAUCAAAUUUACCCACGGUCAAGAAAAGAGAACAAUCAUUGUCAGCGUGGGUGCUAGCAAGGAACGCCCCGAAGGUGGCAACCACAACGUGUCGUACUUUCCCAGUCGGUCGAAGCGAAGACAUGCCGUCACUGAGGAUGCGGAUUGGGGAGAUGGCGAAGAGAUUUAUCUUCAUUUCGCUGUACAGGAUACUGGACGUGGCUUGGACGACAAAGAGAAGACCCUACUUUUCCAAAGAUUUAGUCAAGCUUCACCUCGAACACAUGUCCAAUACGGUGGCUCUGGUCUUGGCCUAUUUAUUUCCAGGGAACUUACUGAGUUGCAAGGUGGGGAGAUAGGAGUAUCUUCUGAAAGAGGUGUGGGCAGUACCUUUGCUUUCUACAUCAAGUCAAGGAAGGUGGAAGACUUCAUCCCAGAUACACCAAUUGCAAAUGCUCUUAAUUCUCUUCGUCGCAACUCAUCGAAUGCAGCAGUCACACUCGAAAGCAGACGAAACUCCUCUGGAAAGGCCAUCCAGCGCGCAAACACAACCGGAACUCGUCGUGCAUCUCGACAGCUCACCCCUCCAGUUACGACGCCAACUCCGCCUAUUCCAACCUCGUCUCUCGACCACAGCACUCUGAAGAUUCUCAUUGUCGAAGACAACCUUGUAAACCAAAGAGUACUCCACAAACAGCUUAAGAAUCUUGGCUUCCAAACCGAGCUCGCGAACCACGGUGGCGAAGCUUUGGACUUUUUGAAGACAUCAUACUUCUGGUCUGGUCGCGAGAAAGACGGUGUGGAUUUAGCCGUUAUAUUGAUGGAUCUUGAGAUGCCUGUUAUGGAUGGGUUGACGUGUGCGAGAAAGAUCAGGGAUUAUGAGGCCGAUGGAACGAUUUGUAGGCAUGUACCUAUCAUUGCUGUCACGGCAAAUGCGAGGCUAGAGCAGAUCGAGACGGCUAUCGCUGCUGGAAUGGACGACGUUGUCUCCAAACCAUUUCGAAUGCCAGAACUCAUACCCAAGAUCGAAGAGCUAGUUACGAAGAGUAACGCAGCAUCAACAUCGACAGCAUCAAACAACAAUACAGCGACCUCCACAGAACCACAACAAGGGGAGGCUUCAGGAUCAAUUUUGAAGUCGUGAAAUUUGUUUCCGAUUCUGACUUAUGACCCUUAUCCGAAAGAAGAUUAAUUACACUUCUAUUACAACGACACUGUACAGACGACAAGAAAUACGACCAAAGACGCCAUGUUCAUACUUUCUUCUUCCGUCUUAUAAACCCAACAUAGAAGCAAAAAUUGUACCUGGCGUUUAGGGUGAUUGCAUUUACAUGGAUAAACUGGUGGUUUCGGCAUGGCUUGGUUUGAUAUACCAUUUGAUAGCGUGCUCUGAUCUUUAGCGAGCGAGUUCAGGGGCAUACGGAAAAGGGUUUCCGACCUGGCUUUUAGGCCAGAUUUUAUGAGCGAUGAGAUUUCAUGAGGAGAGGUGAGGUGAGAUAUAGAUCAUUGCAGAUGAUGAUAAUGAGAUGUUGCGGCACUGCGGUGCUUCGAAGACUUGAUUUUUUC